CAGGAUUGUUCCUUUAAAACCUGCCAGACUCUCCUGCCUUCUCUUCCCCUUUCCCUCUGGAUAGAGGGAGAGCUGACCCUAGAGGUUUGUGUUUCCCCCCUUUCUCCGUGUACUCCUCUUCCAGAUGUUGCCAGAGGAAAGGACAGCUGUUCCAACCUGGAUCGGGGUGAUGAGCACCGUGAGUGCUGCAAGACGAUGGAGGAGCAGCCAGGCACCAGCACCCGCAUCCCCCACUUGUCCCAGCACUGCCCGGAGCUGUGGCACUCUGAGAGCCGCGCCUGUGCCUGCCUGAGGGAGCGCUGGUUCAGGCUGCUGCAGUCGGGGCUGGCGGGGCUCAAGACGCUGCUCCUGAAUGUCAGCAGGGCUGUCACCCGUGAUGUCCUCAUCACCUUCUCCCCCACAGCGGUGAGAUGUGCCCCUCCCUCUCCCUUGCUUGGAAGGCUCCACACCUUCCAAGCGUCCUUCAGCUCCUGCCCCAGGGCUUGGUGUGCCCUGCUGUGCCCUUCCUCCUCCCCUCUGGAUGUCCCAGGGGACCAUGUGUGGGUGAUGGAGGGUAGAGAAUCUGCUAGUUCCCACUCCAAGCUCUGCCCCCAUAGAUGCUGGCUGCUGGGGAUGAGGUUCUUCCCUUCUGCCCUCAGGGCUCCUGCUGAUGUUGCUGAGCCAACCCACCUGGGCAAGGCUGAAUUUGUGCCUGGAGCAAGAUUGGUGAGUUCUGAACAGAAAUGUGACCUGGCAGCAACAACCUCUCACUCUUCUUCUCUGCUGCAGGGCCCCAGCAGGCUGAACACCACAGAGAAAGGGAAGACAGGGAAAAUCCACCUCCCCAGGGAGAUAUUCCGGUCCCUGAGUAGCCAAACAGUGCGUGUGGUGGUGACAGUCCUCAAUAUCCAGCAGCUUGGCAUGUUCAAGGAAGUCAACCAGACAGCACAGGUCUUGGACAACACCGUGGUGGGCAUCACAGUGGGGGAGAGCAGCAUCUCGGGGCUGCAGGACCCUGUGCAGCUCACGUUCACCCACGGGGAGCUGCCCCAAGGUGUCACCCCACAGUGCGUCUUCUGGGAUGCCAGCAAAGGGCGGGCAGGGGGCUGGGGCAGCAGUGGAUGUGUCACACAGCCCGGGGACAAGAGGACAGUCUGCUCCUGUGACCAUCUCACCUUCUUCACCCUCCUCCUGAACCCAGCUCUGGAUGGCUCCACAGCAAAAGCUUUGAUGGCUGUUGCCACCGCUGGCUGUGCAGUAGCCAUGGCUUUCUCCAUCUUCACCAUGGCCUUCUGCAUCUUCAUAAGGUACAGGUUCAGGUUUGAGGAGACCGUGCGCAUCAACCUGGGGCUGCACGUGAACCUCGUGGGCAGCCUGUUCCUCCUCAACCUGGCCUUCCUGCUCAACACUGGGCUCUCAGGCAGGACCCACCCAAGCAGCUGCAGGGUCCUGGGGGGGGUCACCCACUACUGCCUGCUCUGCUGCUUCACCUGGACGGCGCUGGAGGGCUGUCAGCUCUACCUGCUCUUUGUCAAGGUCCUCGGCACCUACAUCCCCCGGUACCUGGCAAAGCUGAGCCUGCUUGGCUGGGGCCUCCCUGUUCUCGUGGUGGGAGUGGCAGGAGUUAUUGGCACCUAUGGAGAAUACAGCAUCCAGACCACGGACCAGCAGGUCGUAGCCCACCUGUGCUGGAUCACUUCCAAACAUCUUCUGGUCCAUUACAUCACCAACUGUGGCUACUUUGGCCUCAUCUUCCUCUUUAACAUGGCUGUCUUCGGGGUGGUGACCCAGAAGAGCUGCAGCUUGCAGGGCACCGGGGCAGUGCAGGGAUACCAUAAGCCCUGGAAGGUGGCUCUGGUGGCAGCAGGGCUCUUCUGCCUGCUGGGAGCCACUUGGGCCCUGGCAUUCCUCACCUAUGGCAUCUCCUCCACACCUGUGCUCUACCUCUUCACCGUCCUCAACUCUCUCCAAGGAAUAUUCAUAUUCAUCUGGUUGGUUGUCCUCUACUACCCAAAGACAAAGCAGGCCACUGGUUCCCUCUCCAACAUCAUCAGACAUGACAAAACCACCACAGCCUCCCAGGACUAGCUCCUGGCUGGGCCUCUCUUCCUGCCUGCUCCUGCAUCCACUGAGAGCAAUCUUUCAUCCUGGCAGAUGCAGCUUCCUCACUGAGGGAGACAUCAGUUAACCAUGCCUCAGUUUACCUUUCAGUGGGCAUGAUCCACCUCAGCAGAGCUCUUUGCUUUGUCCCUUUCAUUCCUGGUGGGCUGCCCUGGGCAUGGAGCUCCAGAGAUGAUGCUUCUGCAAAGCCCCUCCAGGCUGCAGUUCCAUGGUCUUGAGGUGCCCCUGAUCUCAUUCCCCAGGGGACAAGGAGGAAGCCCACAAAGCACCUGCCUUCACCAUGAUGGAGCCAACCCCCCCUGCUAGAGCUGGCUUUUGGUGCUGAACCAGCCUGGCAGUGAAUUUCCUGCCACUGGAGGGAGAGGAUUGACUUGCUCCAGCCCAGAUGGGGGAGGUUUUGCGUCUGGAAAUCAGCAAAAAGAAGAGGAAACCCAUGAGCUUCUUUGCAAAACAUCUCCUUGCUCUCUGGCAGAGAUCUGCUGCAUGUUCUUCCUGCAAAACAGCCUCUGGGGUCAGCAGCAAUUCCCUCAUGGACAUUGUUCUCUAGCCAAAAUGCACAUACAGCUGCCUUGCAGGGCAACUGCUGUCCUCUCCUGAUCUGUGUUUUGGUAUUAAAUCCCUGCCAGCUGUUUGA